CUGGAGGCUGUAAUAAGCAGCCGAGUGGAACCGAGUUCCUCCACCUUCACCUUCAAGCUCCGUGUCACAAAGAAAGCACUCAAUCUUUUCUCUAUGAGCUUUAGGUUCACAUUUUAUUUGGCCGAAAGGGUUUGUGAGGAUGGUGGAGGGGAAACCCUAUCGAUACGGGCUGAUAGUGGCCGGACUUUCUGUGCUGGCCAUGGGCCUCUUCAUCAUGAUACAGGAGCGGCCGCACGUCUAUGUUACAAUGAGCGUCCUUGGUCUCGUCAUGGUGUGUGCUGGGACAGUGUGGAGCCUCUGCCAGUGCUAUCCCAAGGUCAUUGUGACGCCUGUGAGUCAGAAGGAAAGCCCGGUGGAUUUAGUUUGCUCUUCACUUGAAACCAGAGAUGAAAGGCAGGCUGAGCUUCGGUCGGAUUCCUGCGGUCAGAGAGAGAGCAGUGGGCCACAUCUGAAGAGCCAGUGUCACAGCUGUCCCACUCUGCAUCUGGUCUGAAGGAGAGAGUCGCCGUGAUCCCAGCAAGCUUCCCAGCUGAGGACUGGAGGGAUAC